ACUCUUAAAACGGGGUUGGGGAUUUAGCUCAGUGGUAGAGCGCUUGAGGCCCUGGGUUCGGUCCCCAGCUCUAGGGAAAAAACAAAACAACAACAACAACAAAAUUCUUAAAACAAUGAGUUAAGAUCUAAGAAAAGUAGUCAGAAAGUAAAAUAAACACAAAUUCAGCCUUAAAAUUGGUCCAAUGUUAGGUGAAAUGACAAAGGCGGGCACUUGCCAUAUACAUGGGAAAUUGUAAUGACAUGGGUAAACAAAAUGAUUCAUAUGAUUUUCUUUAAUGGUGGGGAAAGUGUCAUUUAAACUUGUAUGAGCAAUGCAAGUAUUCGUAGAAGAAACUUGAAGAGAAGAUGAAGAAGGGUGACCCUAAACCAGUUCACUCCUACCUGCAUACAUCUUACACAGCAGUCGUGAGGAUAUUGCAAAGGAAGUCACAGUCACACACUUCCUUCUUUUACUGAAUGCUAUAGGAAUAUACUUUCUGUUUCAAAUAAGUAAUACACAAUUUGAAAUUGGCUCAUUUUUAUAACUAUAGAACAUAGACAUUGGACUUUUCAUUUUAAAUGUAUGUGUUCUUAUGUCAGGUUAUGCAUGCACACACACAGGCACACACCACACACGCACACACACACACACACACACACACACACAGAGAGACAGAGACAGACUGACGCUUACGCACAUGCUCACACACACACACAGCCAGGGAUCUCCAGGAGCUGGAGUUAUGGUAAUGGUAAAAUACCAGAUGUGAGCACCAGGACUCUAAUUUGGAUUCUCUGAAAGAAUAGAACAUGCUCCUAAACUGAGCCAUUCCUUCAGACCAAGAAUUUUUCAUAUUUUCCACUUCUUGUUGGGGUGGCAUUAAACUAAGACCAUAGAAUUUGUAUACAGUUUGGCCACUAGAUGGUGCCCACACAGAAUGGAUUUACAUACAUGAGAGUGGUGUGUGUGUGUGUGUGUGUGUGUGUGUGUGUGUGUGUCUGUGUCUGUCUGUCUGUCUGUCUGCUCACUUUUCUAAAUAAAUAGCAUUCUUUGUUCACUAAAAUUACUUAAUAUGUGGUAUUGUAAUUAUACUUAAAAGGCUUCUGGGUUUAUUUGUAAGUUUGGAAAUAUGUUUGCAAAUAAUCAAGGACUUAUUAUCUGUAUAAUUUUGAACUAUCUUUACUUCUUGUUAAAUGUUCUGUAUUAUAAAACGUCUAUUACACUCCCAAGCUUAUGAUGUUCAAGUAUUGCAUAAUGACCAUUAAAUAUAUACUUUGCUGGGUGUAGUGGUGCACACCUUUAAUCCCAACACUUUAAUUCUAGGGACAGAGGAAGGCAGCUCUUUAUGAGUUCAAGGUCUUCCAGGAGUUCCAGUUCAGCUAGGGGUACAUAGUGAAACAUUGAUUCAAUAUGUGUGUCUGUGCACAUGCACAUACAUGUGCAUACAUGCAUAUUGUAUUAGUCUAGUUUCUCUAGAGAAGCAGAACUGCUAGAAUGAAUAGAUGUAUUUAUAUGUUAUAUAACAUAUAUCUUACAUAGAAGUCUUACAUUAUAUAUCUAUCUCAAUAGACAGAUAUCUUACAAAGCUAUGGUCCAGCUGUUCUAACAAUAGCUGUUUCCUGACAAAAGUCCAAGAAUCCAAUAGUUGUUCAGUCCAUAUGGCUCACCAUCUCAGCUUGUCUUGAGUGCAUAUCAGAAUCCUGAAGAAGUAGGCCCUUCAGUGAAGGAAUGAACUUGACAGUUAGAAGCGAGAGCAAGCAGACAGAGAGCAAAACCUUACUUCUUCCAUGUCCUUUAUAUAGGCUGCUAUCACAGAAGAUGGGUCUUCCUACUUCAAAUGACUUAGUCAAGAAGAUUUUCUUGCACUUGUGCCCAGCAGUUUAGGCUUUCGUCAAUCCCAGAUAUAGUUAAGUUGACUGCCAAGAGUAGCCAUCACAUGUAUGUGUAUGUGUACUUUGCUUCACUAAAUUAAGCUUUCUCUAGUUGUUGAGUUUAGAAUGCUAGUGUGGAAUUCUAGUGGAGAGAUUGCUCAGUAAUUAGGAGCACUUGGUGCUUUUCCAGAGAAAUUGUGUUUGGUUCCCAGUAUCCACAUUAGGUGAUACAACCACCUGUAAUUUCAGUUCUAGUGGACCCAAAGCCCUCUAUUCUGGCCUCCAUAGGCACCAGCACACAUGUGACAGACUAGAGUCACAAAAACAUAUGAAUAAAUAAUUUUAAAGGAAAAGUGAAACUGUGUAAAAUGUUAAUUUCUGUAAAUCCUAAGAGGUUAAGAGCAGUUAUUUUUGUGGGUUGUUUUAGAUAGCAUAUUACUUUUACUCAUGAUUCCAAGCAAGCUUUCCAGAUUUUUCUAUAAUGAACUUAAUUUGUUGUAGUGGGGUUAAUCUCUCAGCUUUGUUGUAGAGUGAGGCUCCUGUAAAGCAAAUGCAUCCCUCGACCCAGCUGUGGUCUGACAGUCACAGUGUUUGGUGUUGCACUGAUCUGUGUGCAUGCACCGUCCUGCAGUCAGUGACCCGUCCUGCAGUCAGUGACCCAUCUAGAGCCUAGAAUUCUGUUCUUUGGAUAACAAGAAAUUUGUUUUUGUAGAGCAGCUUUUUGAGAAUUAGGAAGUUGUAUAGUAAAUAGAUUGAAUGGGGAUUUUUUAUAUUAUAACAUAUUUAGUUGGGCUUUGGAGAAACUUGGAAUGGAGUGGUCUCUCCACUUUGAAUUGUACCCAAGCUCUGUGACUUUCUAGGAUGAGUCUGUGUACACUGAAGGAUUAUUCUUGUGUCUGUAUUGAUACUGUUUGCAAUUUGAGGGAGGAGGCUUUGCAUUUAGUAUUUGUCUUCAGUGUCCUUGUCAUAAUCCAUAAUAUCAAGGCCUGUAUCGAAACUAGAGUGUUUUGUUUUGGAAUCAAAACAAACACACACAUUUUGGAAUCAAACUAAUGACUAUAAUCUCUAUAUGGACUGUAUUAAUGAGUUCGUUAUUAACUUCCUGGACCAUAAUAUCACUUUGUUUUUUAGGAGGUCUUAUUUGUUUCUUCAAAGAAGAUUCUUAGAUCUAUAUCACCUAUUAAUGUUUUCAUAUAUUCCUUUAUUGAACAUUAGUAGAAUAAUCUCUUUAGAACCACAGUUUGCAAGCUAGUUUCCUAGUCCUUGAAAAUAAACACCGACCUUUGCUCUAAUCUCCCUCUGGGAUGGUGUCUUAUCCCUGAGAAUGGAUUCCACAUGGGUCUCUGCUCUUUAGGGAAUGUCUUAGGUAAGGUUUCAAUGAGAUAGUAUAGACAUCUUUUCAUCUUGAGUCAGAUUUGCAGUGGACUCAAGGUGUGGCCUGUAAUACCGUGUCUAGUAGGUUACCUUUCACUCCUGCCUGGAAGUACAGACAUAAGAGAUUUCUGUCCACAUCUCAAAAAUGCUGUGACUGGGCCUGGAGUGUAUAAUGUAUUCAUACAGGACGAAGAAUUGUUUCCAUUAUUAUCAAGUAGCACUUUUGUUCAUGUAUACGUUGUCAACGGACAUAUAUUGUAACAUAUACUAAUACAGCAUAGCAUGGCUUGUACCUCAGAAUCUGCUUCUUAAACUUGAGGGUGUUAAGAGUUACUUAGGGGGCUUUUUAACCAGCACUCCAUGGGGGCUAGAGAGGUGUCUCAGUGGUUAGGAGCAUGUGCUAUUCCUCCAGAGGAUCUGAGCUGAGGAGUUCAGGCAUCCAUAACAGACAGUUUCCAAGCACCUGCAGCUACAGCUCCCAGGAACUGAUACUCUGAUGCCCUCUUCUGGCCUUCCUUGUCACUUGCGUACGUGUGGCUUAUACACACACACACUGAAGCAUUUAGAGAUUUUAUAUUAAACAUCAGGCAAUCCUAAGAUUAACUACUAUGAUAAAAAAAAUACAGGAAAAAUAUUGAUUUUUUUUUUUGAAAAUGCUCAUUAAUUUAGAAAUCAAGCAGCAUUACUUCAUGAGCAGAGUAGUAUUUAUACAGUGUUUUAUGGGGAAAAAGGGAAUCAUUGGUGUUCUUUUGUAUAUUUUAAACUCAUAAUCUUGUAACUUUAAUGAUUAUUAUAUACUAGAAGGACAGUGCUGAUUACUUCUUAACAGUUCUUUUUAAUAUAAAAGUUACAGUGGCCAUUUAUGUACUUUUCCGAUUAAUCUGUUCUAGAUUCAGUAAUUAAAGCAUUAGAAAUUAAUACAUGAUUAAUUUAAAUGAUUAGAUUAAAAUGAUUUUGCUAUAUUAUAAACAUAUUAGAUCCUCAGAAUUCCACACAUGGUAUCUUAAAAACAAUUUGAAAACCAGUGCUAAAUAAUGUAAGAUUCAUUCUUACAUUUGUGAAUUCUUACAUUCUUACAUUCUUACAUUUACAAAAUUUGUGAAUAGCAGAUAUUCUUUUAAUGAAAUUACUUUAACAAUCAGAGCUGUUAGCAAAAGAAACCUUUUAUUUAAAAUUCAGUUCAUAUUUAUUAUUUAUGUAAGCAGUGAAGAUGCCAUUGGGUUUUACUCUAUGCCGAUUGAAACUUAGUAACCCGGGCUUUCUCCACCCAAUGCGUUAAAGCAGUCAUCCCCAAAGGGUCCUGGUAGCCCAGUGUUUAUAACAUCCUUCUUUACCUGCUAAUCGACCUCACUUCCUGGAUUUCAGUCCGGGUCUAGUUCUCAGCUAACAAAAGAACAGCUUUUGGUUCCUGCAGACGCUGGUGAAAAAAUAAUCACGAGAGAGAAAUCCACCUUAUGUCGUCUUUUUCUGUCUGCAAAAAUAAACUCAGCCACUAUACAGCUAACAGGUACAGAAGGAAGAUACAGGCUCGGUCAUAGGAAGAAACUGCAGAGAAAAUGAGCAUCAUUUCUCAAGGUUUUUAUUUCCCUGAUCUACAAGUGAUGCUGCUGUAAUUCUAGCUGCAGUUCUCACCGAUCAUUCACCACUCAGCAGCUGGUAGAGAAGUCAGACUGCCUGGCAACCACCUGCAGGGCUGCAGAGAUGAAUUACAUUUUCGGAAACAACACACUUCUGUACUCUCGCGCCAGUCGAGGAGGCAAUGCUAGCUCUAGCCAUGGCUCAGUAGGCCCUAAGCAGAAGCACUGGGCAAAGAAGGGCUCGUCAGACGAGCUGCAGGCUGAGCCAGAGCCUUCACGCUGGCAGCAGAUAGUUGCAUUCUUCACUCGAAGACACAGCUUUAUUGACUGCAUCUCGGUAGCCACCAGCUCCACCCAGCCCACAGAAGCUGUUCCUCCCUCCUCUCCCAUUGUCCCUGUGACCCCUGCCUUGCCAGUCCCUGCUGAGAGUCCUGUCGUCCUGCCCUCCACACCACAGGCAAAUCCUCCUCCUGUGCUGGUCAACACAGACAGCUUGGAGACACCAACUUAUGUUAAUGGUACUGAUGCAGAUUAUGAAUAUGAGGAAAUCACACUUGAAAGGGGAAAUUCAGGCCUUGGUUUCAGCAUUGCAGGAGGUACAGACAACCCACACAUUGGAGAUGACUCAAGUAUUUUCAUCACCAAAAUUAUCACGGGAGGAGCAGCUGCCCAGGAUGGAAGAUUGCGGGUAAAUGACUGUAUACUGAGAGUAAAUGAAGCAGAUGUUCGUGAUGUAACCCACAGCAAAGCAGUUGAAGCAUUGAAAGAAGCUGGAUCGAUAGUGCGAUUAUAUGUGAAAAGGCGGAAGCCAGCCUCAGAAAAAAUCAUGGAAAUAAAACUUAUUAAAGGCCCUAAAGGUCUUGGGUUCAGCAUUGCUGGAGGUGUUGGAAACCAGCACAUUCCUGGGGAUAACAGCAUCUAUGUAACCAAAAUAAUUGAAGGAGGUGCAGCACACAAGGACGGCAAACUUCAGAUUGGAGACAAGCUUCUAGCAGUGAACAGUGUCUGUUUAGAAGAAGUUACUCAUGAAGAAGCAGUGACUGCCUUAAAGAAUACAUCUGAUUUUGUUUAUUUGAAAGUGGCAAAACCAACAAGUAUGUAUAUAAAUGAUGGCUAUGCACCACCCGACAUCACUAAUUCUUCUUCUCAGUCUGUUGACAACCAUGUUAGCCCGUCUUCAUACUUGGGCCAGACUCCAGCGUCACCAGCCAGAUACUCACCCAUUUCUAAAGCAGUGCUUGGAGAUGAUGAGAUCACUAGGGAACCUAGAAAAGUUGUUCUUCAUCGUGGCUCAACGGGACUUGGUUUCAACAUUGUGGGAGGCGAAGAUGGAGAAGGGAUUUUUAUCUCUUUCAUCCUUGCUGGGGGACCUGCUGACCUAAGCGGAGAGCUCAGAAAAGGAGAUCGCAUUAUAUCGGUAAACAGUGUUGACCUCAGAGCUGCAAGUCAUGAACAAGCAGCUGCCGCAUUAAAAAACGCAGGCCAAGCUGUCACUAUUGUCGCACAGUAUCGGCCUGAAGAGUACAGUCGUUUUGAAGCUAAAAUUCACGACUUGCGGGAGCAGAUGAUGAACAGCAGUGUCAGCUCAGGGUCAGGGUCUCUCCGAACCAGCCAAAAGCGGUCCCUCUAUGUCAGAGCCCUUUUUGAUUACGACAAGACUAAAGACAGUGGCCUUCCCAGUCAAGGGUUGAACUUCAAAUUCGGAGAUAUUCUCCAUGUUAUCAAUGCUUCUGAUGACGAGUGGUGGCAGGCCAGACAGGUGACCCCAGAUGGUGAGAGUGACGAAGUUGGAGUAAUUCCUAGUAAACGCAGAGUUGAGAAGAAAGAACGAGCCCGAUUAAAAACAGUCAAAUUCAAUUCUAAAACAAGAGGAGAUAAAGGGCAGUCAUUCAAUGACAAGCGUAAAAAGAACCUCUUUUCCCGAAAAUUUCCCUUCUACAAGAACAAGGACCAGAGUGAGCAGGAAACAAGUGAUGCUGACCAGCACGUAACUUCUAAUGCCAGCGAUAGCGAAAGUAGUUACCUAAUCUUGAUUACAGAUGAAUAUGGCUGCUCAAAAGGUGGUCAAGAAGAAUAUGUUUUAUCGUAUGAGCCGGUGAAUCAGCAAGAAGUUAAUUAUACCCGACCAGUCAUCAUAUUAGGACCUAUGAAAGACAGAGUAAAUGAUGACUUAAUCUCAGAAUUUCCUGACAAAUUUGGAUCCUGUGUCCCUCAUACAACUAGACCAAAGCGUGACUAUGAGGUGGAUGGACGAGAUUACCAUUUUGUGACUUCAAGAGAACAGAUGGAGAAAGAUAUCCAGGAGCAUAAAUUCAUUGAAGCUGGCCAGUAUAACAACCAUCUAUACGGAACGAGUGUCCAAUCUGUGCGAGCAGUAGCAGAGAAGGGCAAGCAUUGUAUCCUUGAUGUGUCUGGAAAUGCCAUCAAGAGGUUGCAGAUUGCACAGCUCUAUCCAAUAUCUAUUUUUAUUAAACCCAAAUCCAUGGAAAAUAUCAUGGAAAUGAAUAAACGCCUAACAGACGAACAGGCCAGAAAAACGUUUGAGAGAGCAGUGAGACUGGAGCAGGAGUUCACUGAGCAUUUCACAGCUAUUGUCCAGGGAGACACGCUGGAGGACAUUUACAAUCAAGUGAAGCAGAUCAUAGAAGAGCAGUCUGGUCCUUACAUCUGGGUCCCAGCAAAAGAAAAAUUAUGAAGACAGAUGUUGCUCUUUCUUUUUUCCAUGGUCUCAUCUCUCUGCCCUGCUCUGGAGUCUGUCUUCAGCGUUCCUUCCACACUGACGCAGACCCCUCCUCACGGUCGGCGGUUGUGCCGUCUCUGACAUCUGUGUCCCUUCGUGUUGCGUCAUCUGUACUACUCUGUGUUACUAUUGGUUUCUGGCCACUUUUCAGAACUGAAGAUGAAUGGAUGAAUGGCCUGACCAGCUAUCUAGGGUUUGGGGAGAUGCAAAAUUGUAAAAUUCCUUAAUGUUUAAGGGAAAGUUAACUUCUAAGAGAUUUUCAGAAAAGCUUUGUAUACAUUCUUUUCCAAUCUCAGUACCAACGAAAGAGAAGUGGUUUUAAUCAGUGAUUCAGUGGACCUUGAGCAACUGUGCACGCUUAACUCUAAUAGCAUGGUUUGGCCAGUGUAUUAGCUCUCAAGUUCUUUCCUCAAUUGACUUCUGCUCUUAAAGUAAUUAUUUCAUUAAAAACAUAAGAAAAAUAGGGAUUUAUUUCAGAAUUAAUGUCUGAGUUAACUCAUAAUUUCAGGAGGGCUGUUCGUUACUCAGGACAGGCCUUUAUCAUGUGUGCCCUCCCCUGGGACACUUGCCAGGAAUAACCAUAGAAUGUUUUCAGUCGGCCUCUGCACUCUGUGGAGAGUGACUCAGCGAGUUGUCCGUACACUUUGUGGUCACAGCUCUGUCAAGGCGCAGAGAGCCCACCUCACACACAGAUCUGUAGACGGAAGGCGUUUUGGUGGGUGUGUAGCAGUCAUGGCAGCAGAAAGGAGCCCAAUUCAUAGCCUAAAAUGUUGAUGUAUGCUGAGGGGUCAGAUUUUAAUGACUAUUUUACCCACAAUAACUGCCUAUUUUGUUAUAAUAAAAUAUAUAUAAAUAUAUAUAUAAAACUUUCUUUAACUAAACUGUAACUAUGGGAAUUAUUUUCUUUACAUAGUUGCACACACAAACAUAUAUAUAUUUAAAAUAUAUUUUUCUUUUGCCACCUACUUCUAACUUUUUGUUUGGUUUUUAAAUUAAAUAUUAAUUGAUGAGACUUACCGUCCUUAAUCAUGUGAACUGAAGCAAGUGUAUGGUGGCGAUGAGGAGGAGCCUCUAGGGAGAUUGGAUUGCGAGUCGACGCCAGGCCUGUUCUCCUCUUUCCUACAGAAUUCCAGAGGUUCCUAGGUUUUCUGUCAGUGCUGUGUUCUUGUUGUGGAGUUUGAUUUGGGUCCUCUGCCUUUCCUCCGAGUUCUCCUCAUUUUAUUACUAGACAGACAAACUCCAUUUUUGAGAUUCCCCAAACACUUCAUCUUGCAUAGCUGCACUGAACUAGAAUGCCUCAGAAGUCAGUCCUCUACUCCAUUAUUAAUAUCAUUUGGCUUCCCAUUGCUCUUUGGAAUUGUUAUUCAAUAUGUGAUUUUGGCAACUCCUUAAAAUUUCUUAAAUGAGUACUGGUUUGUAAAGAAUUAUCCAUUCCAUUUAUGAGAAAGAGGAGAACAGUUAAUAAACUUUAUUGUAAAAUCCA